AAAAUUCGACUAGUCUUAGCACAGUCAGUGGAAGAUGUAAGAAAAAAUUUUGGAUAUCUUUUGGUAGGCCCCAGCAGACUUUGCAAUGUAUUCCAUUUCAAUAUUUCUGUUACUCAGUUUGACAUGUGUAACUAAAAUGGUUGUGCAGGUCCAAGAGCAACCAAGUUCCACAGCACCGCCAAUUGAACAAGUCUCCAAUUUAAGCAAACCACCAGCGUCAAGUGAAACCGCCUCUACCUCUGCUGAAGUGGUGGCCACGUUUAGUGGUAGAGUUCAGCGGCCAGUUCCAGCUGCCAGGAGCUGGCCCAAUGUGACUAGCAGCUUGCCCAGCCUUGAGAAUCUGGGCGACUAUGUGCUGCAGUUUAUUGCAUAUUUGACGUCCAAGCUACGUCUGCUCUUUGAUCCGUCUACCUAUGUGUUGUACCAGGAGGUGCCACUAUCUUUCGAAACACAGGCAAUGCUGGCCCAAGUAAAUCGUAAGACCUUGGUGCUUGAUCUGGAUGAAACUCUAGUGCAUUCGUGCUACUGUGAUCCAGAUACGAAUGAGCAAUUUGGCUGUUCCGAGGUGCCUCCAACAGCCGUGCCCGACUAUGCAUUGGACAUAGAAAUAAUACCUGAAAUGCCGAAGGUGUCAUUUACGGUUUUCAAGCGACCGCAUGUCGAUGUAUUUCUCGAUUUUGUGGCCAAGUGGUACGACCUGGUUAUUUAUACGGCCAGCUUGGAGGAGUAUGCUACGGUUGUAAUAGAUCAACUGGAUGCUGGUCGUCACAUCUUGCAACGCCGUUUGUAUCGCCAGCAUUGUCGCUCUCAAACAAAUAUGAUUAGCAAGAAUUUAGCUGCUGUAAAUAAUGACUUAACCAGCGUAUUUAUUAUUGAUAAUUCGCCGAGUGUUUAUCGUGAUUUUCCAUUAAACGCAGUACCCAUCAAAUCGUAUAUUUACGAUAUGGAAGACAUGGAAUUGGUAAGGCUAUUACCCUUUUUGGACGCACUGCGUUUUACCAAGGAUGUUAGAACCGUUCUUGGAAGACGCGAAUCCAGCGACGAAGAUGACUUAUAGCUUUUUAGGAAGACGAAACUCCACCGAAGAAGAUGACUUUUAGUUCUGCACAACCAGUGAACCAGUAAAAUCCAAAAUUAUAUUUUAACAAUAAAGUAUUUGACAAAAUAAUG